AUGUCUGACAAUGCAAACGAAACCAGUAGUAGCCUGUUAGACAACGUUUAUCUGGACUCAUCAGAUCUGCUUAUUGCCAGAUAUGACAAGUGGAUUUUGGCAUUGGCCUUUUUUGAGAACUUCUUUGCCCGUUACGACAGCAUUCUCAGUAGUACUGCUAAGGAUUACGGCAAGCUUGUGAAGCAUUUUUCCACUGACACUUUACCUCAAUUUGAAGUGAGCCCCAGCUCCAAUAUUGCAGGAGCUGUUUACGGAUCUGUCAACUCUGAGGCAGAUCCGAACAAGAAUGUCACUGGUGUCAACUCGUUCAUAGAAUUACUCAAGUUUAGGUCCAGUGAAGAUCAGGGAAAAAUAGCUGGAUUAGAGACUUCGAUUAGAGAGCAAAUUAUUCCUGAGUUCAAGAAAUACUCGGCUGAUUUAUCCGCUAAGAAGAAGGAUCUGACGGCAGAUGCCAGUAAGCAGCGGAAAGAAUUGAAGAAACUGGGCUUGCAUUUGUCUAGUUCAAUUUCAAAACUUCAGCACUCAACUCAGGUGUUCGAGUCUGCCUCGGGAACUGGAAAGAUGGACUACAAGAACGAUCCAUACAUGUUGAAGAGAGCCGUAUCCCUCCAUGGCACUGAAUUGAUCGCCAAAGAGCACAAUCAUAUGGAUUUUUUGAAACGUGAAGAACUAUCCUUGAUGACCCUGGAAAAAAGAACUCUAGAAUUUAUUCAAUUGAUCUUUGCUGAUGUUUCCAACCGUAUCACUGCGGCAGAUUCCGUUUUCUCUCGUAGUUUCGACUCCCUGAGUAAGACAUUGUCCAGUAUUGAUCUUGAGUACGAAUGGAAACAAUUUUCUGAGGUCAAUAAACAGAGACUGGUUACCGUGGAAGGUAAUGAUGAUAUAAGUGGUGCUAAUAUCAGUGCUGAUAACAAGAAGCGGGGUUUGUCCGACCUGUCAUUUCCCAAUGAUCAUCACCCUGCCACUGAACCCAUUUUGGAAGGCAUACUGCAGAGGAAGGAAGGUAAGGUCAACAAGAAGUACGUCUCCGAAUACUACGUCAUCACUAAAACCAGAUACUUGUAUGAGUUUGAGUCCAACGCUCCUAAGAAUUCUACGCAACCUAAUACGGUACUUUAUUUACCUGAAUGUACUCUGAAGUCCCUUAAUGGACCAGAUAAUAGCAAGUUCAAGAUUGAAAUCUCAGGGAAAGAUGCAACUCAGGCAUUCAGUGUAAUCAAGUCAACACUGAUCCUCAAGACCUCUACCUAUGAUGAGAUGAGGACCUGGUUCAAUGUCCUUAGCGAGGUAAGUGGGUUAAUGCAGACCCAAGAAGAAUCUCGUCUUGAUAGUCCUAAUUAA